AUGGAGGAGCAGAUUGAGUUCAUUGAAUACGUCUAUCAUGCCCCUUUAAUUCAAGCUUUCUGUAUUGUCGGAUAUUCAACUGACGGGUUGAGCAUACUCAACUCCGACCUACAUUCUUUGAUCACAUCUGAUGUGUCGUCCAAGUGGCUUUGGCUCACGGCCCUCCUUGCGGCAUCCCACUCUACCCUGGUUGCUGCGAUUGUGAUCCGCGGCGAGCUGUUCAAGUACAACGUCGGUGGCCUCGUCCGGACCUCCGUCGACCUGGGCUAG